GAUCGCAGACGUGAGAAGUCAUGAGCAUUAAAAUUAUACAAAGAGGUUUCUCUUUCCUUCAAGGCAGCACCAAACAAAUAAUUUAUCAUUCCCCUUAACCCACCCUAUAAAACCAGGGGAAUUCCAGUCCAGUCCCCAUUGAAAUUGAAAAAGAGAGAAAAACAUGGCAUCAAAAACUCAAGCGGCCGCACCUCCUCUCUUUCUCUUCCUGUCCCUGAUCUUCAUCGCUCUAGUACUAAAAACCACCGCGGCGGAACGCGGCGGCAUAGCCGUAUACUGGGGCCAAGACGGCAGAGAAGGAAACCUCACCGCGCUCUGCGACACCGGAAGAUUCGCCUAUGUCAACAUUGCUUUCCUCAACGUAUUUGGCAACGGCUCAACCCCUUCGAUCAACCUGGCCGGCCACUGCAACCCUGCCACCAAUGGCUGCACCAUCUUCAGCGACCAAAUCUGCCACUGCCAAGAGAAGGGCAUCAAAGUGUUGCUGUCCCUCGGAGGCGGCGUUGGAACCUACUCUCUUGCUUCCAAAGCCGACGCGAAAAAUGUUUCCCGCUAUCUCUGGAACAACUUUUUAGGUGGAUGCUCAUCGAAUCGCCCUUUGGGUGCCGCUGUAUUAGACGGUAUAGAUUUCGACAUCGAGCAGAGUUCCGCGAAUUGGAAUUAUCUUGCCCGCUAUCUAAACAAGUAUAACAAGUUCGAAAAGAAGGUGUAUUUAUCGGCUGCCCCACAGUGUCCGUAUCCCGAUGCUCACUUAGGGAAUGCUCUUAAAACAGGCCUUUUCGACUAUGUUUGGGUACAGUUUUAUAACAAUCCUUCAUGUGAGUACCUUAAUUCAAACACUACUGAUUUGUUGACGUCGUGGGCCAAGUGGACCAAGUCGGUAAAAGCUAAGCUGUUUUUUGUGGGGUUGCCAGCCGCGCCACAGGCAGCCGGAAGUGGGUUUAUUCCGGCUAAUGUGCUGACAUGUCAGAUACUUCCGGUGGUAAAGAAGUCAAAAAAGUAUGGGGGUGUGAUGCUUUGGGAUAAAUAUUGGGAUGAUCAGGAUGGAUAUAGUACCGCCAUUCUGAGAAGUGUUGUUUGAUAAAAAACGUGAAAUAUUUAUUAUUUUGUUUUUGCCAAUUGUAAUCCCUUCAUGUAAGAGGAAUGUGUGCAGUGAUUUGAUCAAAAAAAAUAAAAAUGUGCAUUGAUCGGUUUGAACUA